AUGGCAGGGAGCCUCUUCAGAGCCAGGACUGAUGCUGCAAGGUUGGGGCCUCCCUCCCUGCAGCCCAGGGACUGGCCUGUGUUUGCCUGUAUCACAGAGCCAGAUACAGAUACAAAGCGCACUCAGGGAAGUCAGCACAGAGCGGAGUGUGGGCUGAGGAAUGUCGCCUCCUCGGGAGGCGACAGUCAAAAGCGCUGCCUCAUCCUGGGUGUCAAAGGCCGCGUUCUGCAGGAGGAAGACAAUGAAUGGGCCUGUGAAUUUCUCCAAGGUCAGAAUGAACAUCCAGCCCAGACGGGGAUGGUAGCAUUGCUAUUGAAUGCCUACGCGGUGUGGGCAGAGGUGGGCCGCUCCCUCGGGGCCCGUCGCUUCUGCCCUGCUGGGACCGCGUCCCGGCGCCACGUAGCCGCCUUGCAGGCCGCGGGCAAAGUCGGGGUGUCCGGGCCGCACCUCCCUCACCCCCACCCACCCCCAUCUCCAGGCUGCCCUCCCAGCUGCGCCAACCGAAGGUCCCUUGGAAACAGCUGGAUAGGAGCCACAGCCCCCUCCGCCGCAGCCCAGUCUCAUUGCUUUAGGUCUCUUGAAAUUUUUGAAAGCCUGGGGAACAUCUUGCACCUCUUGUUUUUAAGAGAGCUCGAAUGGUCAAUACAGUUUGCGGUGAGGCGUGGAUGGCUCAAUACUGAAACUCCACAGGAAGAUUAUUCGUCGGAGCCAGCUGUUUACAAAGUGCUUCAAAGUUCAAGUGUCCUUGCAGAGCCAUCCCUGGUUCAGUUCCAGGCUCACCAACAGAGCCGACGAGCAGACCGUUUGUUAGCUGCUGGGAAAUACGAAGAGGCCAUUUCUUGUCACAAAAAGGCUACAGCUUAUCUCUCUGAAGCCAUGAAGUUGACACAGUCUGAGCAGGCUCACUUAUCACUGGAACUGCAACGGGACAGCCACAUGAAACAGCUUCUCCUCAUCCAGGAGAGGUGGAAGAGAGCCAAGCGGGAGGAGCGCUUGAAAGCGCAGCACAGCACAGACAGGGACGGAGCUCCCCACCUGCAGGCAUCUCACAGGCCCUCUGAGGACGCGGAGGGCCAGAACCCUCUUCUUCCUCAGACACACAUCCCUUCCGCAGAGAAGCGUCUCCCUGAGGUUCAGGGGGUCCUUGACAGGGAUCCAGACACACUGCUGUAUUUACUUCAGCAAAAGAAUGAGCCAACAGAACCGUGUAUUGGAAGCAAAGCCCCAAAAGAUGAUAAAACAAUUAUAGAGGAGCAGGCAACCAAAAUUGCAGAUUUGAAGAGGCAUGUGGAAUUUCUUGUGGCUGAAAAUGAAAGAUUAAGGAAAGAAAAUAAGCAACUAAAGGCUGAGAAGGCCAGACUUCUGAAAGGUCCGACAGAGAAGGAGCUGGACGUUGAUGCCGACUUUGUAGAGAAGUCGGAGCUGUGGAGCUUGCCACCACACUCGGAAACUGCCACAGCCUCUUCAACCUGGCAGAAGUUUGCCUCCAACACUGGGAAAGCCAAGGACAUUCCAAUCCCUAAUCUUCCUCCUCUGGAUUUCCCAUCUCCAGAACUUCCUCUUAUGGAGCUCUCUGAGGACAUUCUGAAAGGAUUCAUGAAUGAUUAAAAUGGGAAGCCAUUGGAGAGGCUGGUGACACAGAUAAUCCAGAAAAGAAUACAAAGGGAAAGAAAGUCAUGCCCCAGGGGAUCCCAGAACUGCUCCUUCAUCUGGUAUACUGUGGGAGGAGAGGCGGUGCCGGGACCUGGGAAAGUCACUGUGAAACAUCACUUAUCUUAUGACUAAAGCUCAUGUUUCCGACUGGGCAGACACUGAACUCUUGGAUGGAGGUUCGCUUUCUUAUGAUACAAACCAAAUGGCUACCUGGAAUAAUUUUUCAAACAGUUAUUUUUCUUAUCUUCAGGGUUAAAUGUAUAAAAGUAUGUCAUGUGUAAUUAAUCUAUAAUGCCAUAAAUGAUAAUGCAAAAGCUAAAUAUGGUGGCCUGAGAGGCUCACUAGUAUUUGGAACAUGCUUUCUAUCAUGCAUUGACUGUAUGCAUUUUAUGCACAUUUUGUUUGUUGAGAUACGGUGUGUAAGAUACACCCUUCCAGAUGGAACUGUAUGUGCCACAGUUUGCACUACUCAUAAUAUAAUGAUAACCUCAAGACUAUCAGGAGAAAUAUUUACAUUUCCAUUUUAUGAAGAAAGGAACCAAAUUAUUAGUUAUGCUUUUUAAAAAAAUUACCAGUUUACAUAAUUAAUCAGGGUGCAUUUUAAGUUCUAACUUUGUGUUAUAUGAUGCAUCAUUUGUAAAUUCUGAGGAAUUCUCCUUUGUUCUGAAUGAUGCAUGUGUGAAAGUAAUGCUAGUUAGCAGUAUUUGAUUGUAAGAAAUCAAUAAAGUAAUUGUGUUUCAUACCCUC